AUGCAGGAAAGACCGGCCCAAGGGCAGGUAGUCUGCUGGUCCCUGAGACUCUGGAUGGCUGCUCUGAUUUCCAUCUUACUCCUCAGCACCUGUUUCAUCGCGAGUUGUGUGGAAAAGGUCUGGAGCUGUUGCCCAAAGGAUUGGAAGCCAUUUGGUUCCUACUGCUACUUCACUUCAACNGACUCUCGGGCAUCCUGGAAUAAGAGUGAGGAGAAGUGCUCUCUCAGGGGUGCUCAUCUGUUGGUGAUCCACAGUCAGGAAGAGCAGGAUUUCAUCACCAGAAUGCUAGACACUACUGCUGGUUAUUUUAUUGGACUUUCAGAUGUUGGGAAUAGACAAUGGCAAUGGAUUGAUCAGACACCAUACAAUUAUAGAGCCACAUUCUGGCACAAUGGUGAGCCCAGCAGUGACAAUGAAAAAUGUGUUAUAGUACAAUACCGUUGGAAUACUGGAUGGGGCUGGAACGAUAUCCCUUGCAGUCUUAAACAGAAAUCAGUUUGUCAGAUGAAGAAAAUAUACUUAUGA